AUGAAAUUCUUUGAAAGAGCAGCACCAAAGGAGAUAUGGAAAACAUUGUUCGUUGAAUUAUAUUUGAAAUAUAAAAGGCUUUUUGAAAAAAGUCCUCUUAAAUCCUAUGAUUAUGAUUACAGUGACAGAAAAGAUCGGAGCUUCUUGGGCCAUGCCAGUUUUAAGGUGGGGGAACUACUGAAGUCAAAGGAGCAACUGCUGGCCCUGAGCCUGAGAACUUUAGAUGGUGGCAAAGUAGUUGGCACCAUAGAAGUCAGUGUCGUGAAGAUGGGGGAGAUUGAAGAUGGGGAAGCUGACCACAUCAUGACAGAUGUGCAGGGACAAAAGUGUGCACUGGUAUGUGAAUGUCCAGCCCCAGAAAGUGUGAACGGAAAAGAUAACUUACCUUUUCUGAAUGCAGUGUUAAAGAACCCAGUGUGUAAACUGUAUAGAUUUCCCACAUCUGACAAUAAGUGGAUGCGAAUCCGGGAGCAGAUGUCAGAGAGCAUACUUUCUUUUCAUAUUCCUAAGGAAUUGCUUUCCCUUCACAUAAAAGAAGAUUUGUGUAGAAACCAGGAGCUAAAAGAACUUGGUGAACUUUCUCCACACUGGGACAAUCUACGAAAAAAUGUCCUUACUCACUGUGAUCAAAUGGUGAAUUUGUACCAAGACAUUCUGACAGAGCUUAGCAAGGAAACAGGGUCCUCUUUCAAAUCAAGCAGCAGCAAAGGAGAGAAAAUAUUAGAAUUUGUCCCAGUAAAUCUACAUCUGCAAAGAAUGCAUGUAUACAGCCCUCACUUGAAAGAUGCUCUCUAUGAUGUCAUCACUGUGGGAGCCCCAGCUGCCCAUUUUCAGGGAUUUAAGAAUGGUGGUCUUCGGAAACUACUCCACAGAUUUGAAACAGAAAGAAGAAAUACUGGAUACCAGUUUAUUUACUAUUCACCUGAAAACACAGCCAAAGCAAAAGAAGUUCUCAGCAACAUCAAUCAACUACAACCUCUUAUAGCAAUCCAUGCAGACCUACUGCUUAAUUCUGCAAGCCAGCGUUCUCCAGAAAGCUUGAAGAAUUCUUUAAAGAUGCUUUCAGAAAAAACAGAGCUUUUUGUACAUGCCUUCAAGGAUCAGCUGGUCAGGAGCGCUCUUUUAGCGCUGUACACUGCAAGGCCAGGAGGCAUCCUUAAGAAACCACCCUCUCCUAAGAGCAGCACACAGGAGAGCAGUCCCCAGGACCAACCCCCACUGAUGAGAAGGCAGGACUCCAUACCACAUCAUUCAGACUACGAUGAGGAGGAGUGGGACAGGGUGUGGGCCAAUGUGGGGAAGAGCCUGAACUGCAUAAUUGCUAUGGUGGAUAAACUGAUUGAGAGAGAUGGUGGCAGUGAAGCUAGUGGCAGCAGCAGCAGCAAAGAUGGAGAAAAGGACGCUUCACUAGCAGACUCCAUCACAUCUCACCCAAAAGAGGACUGGUAUGAACAGUUGUAUCCCCUCAUCCUUACCCUGAAGGACUGCAUGGGAGAAGUGGUGAACCGAGCCAAGCAGUCCCUGACGUUUGUGCUGCUUCAGGAACUCGCCUACAGCUUGCCCCAGUGUUUGAUGCUGACUCUAAGGAGAGACAUCGUCUUCAGUCAAGCACUUGCUGGAUUGGUUUGUGGUUUUAUCAUCAAAUUACAUACAAGUUUGCAUGACCCUGGCUUCCUACAGCAGCUUCACAUGGUGGGGUUGAUAGUACAGUAUGAAGGACUGCUAAGUACAUACAGUGAUGAAAUCGGAAUGCUAGAAGACAUGGCUGUUGGCAUUUCAGAUUUGAAGAAAGUAGCAUUUAGAAUAAUUGAAGCCAAAUCCCAUGAUGUCUUGCCAGUUAUUACAGGCAGACGAUUUGGAGAUGUCUCCUUGCAAGAAUGUAUUAAUCAAGAAAAUUUUGAACUCCUGAAAGAAUAUUACAAGAUAUUUUUGGAAAAGAUGCCACCUGAUUACAUUUCACAUUUUCAAGAACAAAAUGAUUUAAAAGGAUUAUUAGAAAAUCUCCAUCAAAACAUCCAAGCUAAAAAAAGAAAGAAUGUAGAAAUCAUGUGGUUGGCUGCAACGAUAUGUCGCAAACUAAAUGGUAUUCGUUUUACCUGUUGUAAAAGUGCCAAAGACAGGACCUCGAUGUCAGUGACCCUUGAACAGUGCUCCAUCCUGAGAGAUGAACACCAGUUGCACAAGGACUUCUUUAUCCGGGCGCUGGAUUGUAUGAGAAGCAGACAAACCCAGGGAGCACUGAAUGAAUCCGAUGAUCCUGAAACAGGCUGUCUAACUGACAACAAGCCAACUUCUCGACAUUUCUAUCCUGUCGCCUUGCUGCUUGUCAGCUCACACCUGCUAGUUGUGUGGCUUAUUUUAAGUCUUGCUUUACUAUUAGCCAAAUACCAAUAAGUUUUAUGUUGUAUUCCUUUGUUUUCUAUGAAUGACAAUGGACUUUAAAUUAUGGGAACAAUGCUGUAAUAUUUCUACAUUUUCAGAUUCACAGAAUUUAAAAAGAAAAUGUUUAAACUGUGUUUUUCUCCCUCAAAUCUAAAAAACAAAAAGUACUAUGCAUUGCAUUAAGUGAAUCAUUUUGCUUUUUUUGUUCAUAAAAAAGUGUUUCCACUGUUAACUAACUCAAGAAGAAUUUUUAAAUUACUGUCUUUGGAAUAAGACAAAGGACAGAAUCCUGAAAGCUUGAAGUUCUGAACCUCCUGUUCCUCUUCCUGUUCAAUUUAUCAAAGAAAUUAAGACUGAAUUUGCACAACAUACUGAAACCCUGAGACAAGUCCUAGAGAUGUGGGAGGCUGAAUGAAGACUUUAUUUCCACUGUGCUAAUAUAAUAAUUGCCAUCACUUGAUAGAAACCUCUGUUUAGUUCUUUACCUUGUUACUUAACUUCUCUGUUGCAAUUAACCCUUUUUGUCAAGUAACUCUAUGGAGAGAAUGGCUAUUUAUGUUUUGUAAUUAAAUUUACCUGUUUGUAA